UAAGCAUUGUUGUGCUUUCACUUCGUCGUCAUGCGGGGCUUGGCUUCCAUGUGGGGUGAACCUCAUUCCUGCCCUGCCUUCUUGGAAGACUCGUCGCAUAUAAACGCAUAUAAAAGGAGGCGGCCCCGAAAUCGUCUCUCGCACACCCCUCAACUGCAAAAACGAGCCAAACAUCGCAUAAACCAAACCAACCCAACUCACACCCCACCAAAACACCCACACACAAAACACCCGCCGCAAAAAUGGUCUCAUUCUCCGGCCGCCAAUUCAUCGACUACCUCGUCGCUUUCUUCCUGCCGCCCCUAGGCGUCUUCUUCAAGCGGGGAAUCUCGGCCGAUUUCUUCAUUAACAUCGGGCUUACGCUCUUGGGUUACAUUCCUGGAAUCGCACAUGCGGCAUAUAUCAUUCACACACACAAGCCCGGUGUUGUGUUGCAGUAGAUUGUGUAUGUAGAGAGGAUGCAUGCGGGAAACUCUGAGCCCUAAGUCUCACCCAUACCGACGCAUCACUCAGCUCCCAAGCAUGAACGAACCCAUUUUGGAAUUUUGUACCAUAACUAUCCCCAAUUAAUACAUAUACCCGCUGUUCGACUCUCGAGGU